AUGGCGGGUGCUGUGCUGCCCCUCACUCCCCUCUUCCUCCCUCACUCCCCUCUUCCUCCCUCACUCCCCUCUUCCUCCCUCACUCCCCUCUUCCUCCCUCACUCCCCUCUUCCUUCCUCCCCACUCCCCUCUUCCUUCCUCCCCCACUCCCCUCUUCCUUCCUCCCCCACUCCCCUCUUCCUUCCUCCCCCACUCCCCUCUUCCUUCCUCUCCCACUCCCCUCUUCCUUCCUCUCCCACUCCCCUCUUCUUCCUCUCCCACUCCCCUCUUCUUCCUCUCCCACUCCCCUCUUCCUUCCUCUCCCACUCCCCUCUUCCUUCCUCUCCCACUCCCCUCUUCCUUCCUCUCCCACUCCCCUCUUCCUUCCUCUCCCACUCCCCUCUUCCUUCCUCUCCCACUCCCCUCUUCCUUCCUCUCCCACUCCCCUCUUCCUUCCUCUCCCACUCCCCUCUUCCUUCCUCUCCCACUCCCCUCUUCCUUCCUCUCCCACUCCCCUCUUCCUUCCUCUCCCACUCCCCUCUUCCUUCCUCUCCCACUCCCCUCUUCCUUCCUCUCCCACUCCCCUCUUCCUUCCUCUCCCACUCCCCUCUUCCUUCCUCUCCCACUCCCCUCUUCCUCUCCACUCCCUCUUCCUUCCUCUCCCACUCCCCUCUUCCUUCCUCUCCCACUCCCCUCUUCCUUCCUCUCCCACUCCCCUCUUCCUUCCUCUCCCACUCCCCUCUUCCUUCCUCUCCCACUCCCCUCUUCCUUCCUCUCCCACUCCCCUCUUCCUUCCUCUCCCACUCCCCUCUUCCUUCCUCUCCCACUCCCCUCUUCCUUCCUCUCCCACUCCCCUCUUCCUUCCUCUCCACUCCCCUCUUCCUUCCUCUCCCACUCCCCUCUUCCUUCCUCUCCCACUCCCCUCUUCCUUCCUCUCCCACUCCCCUCUUCCUUCCUCUCCCACUCCCCUCUUCCUUCUCUCCCACUCCCCUCUUCCUUCCUCUCCCACUCCCCUCUUCCUUCCUCUCCCACUCCCCUCUUCCUUCCUCUCCCACUCCCCUCUUCCUUCCUCUCCCACUCCCCUCUUCCUUCCUCUCCCACUCCCCUCUUCCUUCCUCUCCCACUCCCCUCUUCCUUCCUCCCCCACUCCCCUCUUCCUUCCUCUCCCACUCCCCUCUUCCUUCCUCUCCCACUCCCCUCUUCCUUCCUCUCCCACUCCCCUCUUCCUCACACCCCUCUUCCUCCCUCACUCCCCUCUUCCUCACACCCCUCUUCCUCCCUCACUCCCCUCUUCCUUCCUCCCUCACUCCCCUCUUCCUCCCUCCCUCACUCCCCUCGGCAUCACUCACAGAUGCCCAUCAUGUUGUGUUGCCGCAGGUAGUCGGGCAGAGUCUGCGACGACCGCCAGUUCGACACGCUGUUGGGCGCCAAGGGGACGAGCGCGGGAGGGGCAGGUGGAACAGGGGGCGGGAGCAGAAGGCGUCGGUCCGCUGCAUUGCGCGCACAGCGGCGACGGCGCGGCACGGGGAAGGCGGCUCACCAGUUGCUGAUGCUGCGCACCACGAGCCCCGACGUGAAGCACGUGCGCGACUCCUCGUCCUCUGCGCGCCGAUGGGGGAAGGAGGAGGGGGGAAGGGAGAGGACAGGGGGGAAGGGAGAGGACAGGGGAGAAGGGAGAGGACAGGGGAGAAGGGAGAGGACAGGGGAGAAGGGAGAGGACAGGGGAGAAGGGAGAGGACAGGGGAGAAGGGAGUGUUAGGGGGCGGGACGGGGGAUGUGCGCGAUGAUCGCCGGCGCAGCGACGACACGGGCGAGCGAGGGGCAGGGGGAAAGGUAGACAGACAGGGACGGGUGGGUGCGCCUUCCCCAUGCGCCUUCCCCCAUGCGCCUUUCCCCAUGCGCCUUCCCCCAUACGCCUUCCCCCAUGCGCCUUCCACCAUGCGCCUUCCACCAUGCGCCUUCCGCCAUGCGCCAUCCACCAUGCGCCGUGCCGCGCCCAUGCCUCCCCAAUUGCGCCUCCCCAAUUUUCUGAAACCCCGGCGUCCGCGCAUCUUCACGCCCUCCCUGCGUCCCUCCCUCCGUUCCUCCUCUUUUAGCCCGUCCUUCAAGCCCCACCCAGGCCCUCUUUUCCCCAAUUCCCCUUCCUCGCGCACCUCUUGCUCGGCCUCCCAGUGUGCGCCCUACCUGCGUCGCCAUGCGCAAGUGACCUCGGAGAACCGACCGCACCUUCUCCCCUCCCCCUCCCCCUCCCCCUCCCGCCUCCCCCCUCGCCCCACUCCUUGCGUCGCGUCCAAGCCUGCAGUGAACUUUCGUUCACUUAUCAACGCACCGCUUUCCCCCCCCAUGCCACUUGCUCUUCUUCCCCCUUCCUUGCAGGAUGAGGCGGUGGGGCGGCAGGGCGAGGGGGGCGCGGAGCAGAAUGGAGCGGGCGUGGAGGAGAGCGUGGUGAUGCAGUGGCGCGAGAUGCCAGGGCCUGCCUCCACGCCGUACUGCACGCCGCGCCUGCUCGCCAUCGACUAUAAAGGCUGCCUCGGCCCCGUCUGCCUCGCCUCGCCUCUCCAUGCCCAUGGGGGCAUCGCCGCUGCACCGUCUGCCAUGCCUACCUGGUCUGGCCCCUCCCAUGUCUCGUCGCCCGCGCCUCUCCCCCUCAACCCCUUCCUGCGCCGCCUGCUGCACCCACCCGCACCCGCCGCUCACACAGCCUCUUCCGCACCUAAUUCCCAGGCCAGGGGGGAGGAACGGCACGAGGCCACAGGCAGGCACGGUGGGGGGGAGCUGGGAGAGGAGGCAGAGGGGGAGGCGGAAGGGGAGGAAGAGGAGGAGGCGGAGGUGGCGCGGGGGUUGGAGGGCGGCGUGGGGUACUGGACGGAGUACCUUAAAGCCCACGUGCGCCCCGCCAGUGUGGUGCAGGUGCCGGGCGGGUGGUGGCAGGGUGCGCUCUCCCCCCUGGACGCGGGGGGGUAUGGCGACUGGCGCGAGGUGGGGGGCGGGCGGGAGGGCGAGGAGGAGGUGGAGGAGGGCGUGAGGCGGCUGGCAGAGGAGUGUGAUGCGCUGCAGGGAUUCUCGCUGCUGCUGCACGCCACCUCGCCCUUUGCCUCCCUCGCCACGCGCACCGCACUGCACCUGGCUGCGGAGUUCCCAAGGGCGCCCAAGCUGCUCUUCUCCCUGCGCCCCCCUGACGCCCUGCUCCCGCCCGCCACCCUCUCCCCCGGCCCCCACGCCCUGCCCGGCAUGCCCUCGCUGCAUGACCUCUCGUCUGCCGUCUCCCUGGCCUCGCUGCUGCCCCUCACCUCCCUCAUUCUGCCCCUCGGCCUGCCCUCCCUCUCCAGUGUGCUGCCCCACGUGCAUGCCAGCGACACCGCUCUCUUCCACUCCUCUGCUCUGCUCGCCACUGCCAUCGACGCCCUCUCCUCGCCCUUCCGCCUCGCCCCGCGCGCCCCCACCUGCGCCUCCUCCCCCGUGGGCGCCGUGUCCCUCAGGGACUACUGCGCCCUGCUCUCCCUCUCCUCGCCCCAUGCCGCCCUCGCUUUCGCCUCCUUGGCCCUGCCGGCUCAGCCGCUACACGAGGCAGGGGAGCAGGAGGCGGCGAGUGGAAGCUCGCCAUGUAGCAUGGCGGUGCUGACGUCAGACGUGUGCAGCAGCGGAGAGGGGCGAGGAGGGAGGGGAGGAGGCAGUAGGGGAGGGCAGCGAGGCGAGGGGAUGGGGCAGCAGCAGGAGGGGGAGGAGGGGGAGGAUUUGGAAGCAGGCAUUGGAGCACAGGUGGUGGUGGCACGUGGUGCAGUGGGGCAGCAAGCUACAGGGCACAUGAGUGUGCUGUGCAUCCCUCGCUCACUGCACCUCCUCAUCUUCAUUCACUGCACCCCCCUUUUCCCCUCCCUUCUCCCCUCCCCUUUCCCCUCCCUUCUCCCCUCCCUUCUCCCCUCCCCUCACCCCUCCCCUCUCCCCUCCCUUUUCCCACCCUCCCACAUGUCUGCAGGCCCCACCAGCACUGUCCCCACACCGCUACCACCAGCGGCGGCAGCAGCAGCCAUCCACCGGGCCCUCCUCGCCGCCCGCCCUCGUGCUCCGCCCUGCAUUGCCCACAUCGCCGCCGCCCAGCAGCCCCUCGCCAUUCCCCUGCCCUUUCCUCGGUUCUUCUCCGCUGACAUCAGCAAAUACGGCCUCAUCCUGCCGCCCUCCCGGCACCGUGCUAGCCACUUUGCUUCCCUGGCGGGCGGGGUAGCAGCAGCAGCGGCGGGUGGAGUGGGAGGAGGGGGGUGGGGAGGCGGGAAUGGGGUGGGAAUGGGACCGGAUGUGGAGUGGGCGCCAGUGGUGGCGCGGGCAGCAGCGGGGAGGGGUGGGGCACGGCACGGGGAGGUGCUUGCCGGUGCUUUGGAGUGGGUGGGGGGCCCUCGAGGGGGGGCGGGCAGGCAGGUGGUGGCGGCGUGGGGGGUGGAGGGCGAGGAGGUGCGGGAGAUGCGCGAGCGCGUGUUGGAUGUGUGUGGGCGGCUCAGGGGGGAGAGAUAUGAGGAUGACAGUGAGUGA